GCGGAUCAGUGUACAGGGCUUCAGGGCUUCAUGGUGUGUCACAGCUUCGGAGGAGGAACAGGGUCCGGAUUCACGUCUCUGCUCAUGGAGAGGCUGUCCGUAGACUACGGAAAGAAAUCCAAGCUUCAGUUUGCCGUCUAUCCAGCUCCCCAGGUGUCUACGGCCGUGGUGGAACCGUACAACGCUGUAUUAACCACCCACACCACGAUCGACCACGCCGACUGCGCCUUCAUGGUCGACAACGAGGCCAUCUUCGACAUCUGUCGACGUAAUCUGGGCAUAGACCGCCCCACCUACACCAACCUGAAUCGCCUCAUUGGCCAGGUGAUAUCCUCGAUCACAGCCUCACUGCGCUUCGAGGGAGCCCUCAACGUCGACCUGACCGAGUUCCAAACGAACCUGGUGCCGUACCCUCGCAUUCACUUCCCGCUCAUCACCUACGCACCGGUCAUCUCUGCCGAGAAGGCCCACCACGAGCAGCUAUGCGUCGCCGAGAUCACGAACUCCUGCUUCGAGCCGAACAACCAGAUGGUGAAAUGCGACCCGAGACGCGGAAAGUACAUGGCUUGCUGCAUGUUGUACCGCGGCGACGUCGUGCCCAAGGACGUCAACUCCGCGAUAGCGACGAUCAAGACAAAGCGCUCGAUCCAGUUCGUCGACUGGUGUCCGACCGGAUUCAAGGUCGGCAUCAACUAUCAACCGCCGACGGUGGUCCCUGGCGGUGACCUUGCGAAGGUCGCACGAGCCGUGUGUAUGAUUAGUAACACCACGGCUAUUGCCGAGGCGUGGGGGCGGCUCAAUCACAAGUUUGACUUGAUGUACGCGAAGAGGGCCUUCGUGCAUUGGUACGUGGGGGAGGGCAUGGAGGAGGGAGAGUUCUCCGAGGCGAGAGAGGAUCUGGCGGCGCUGGAGAAGGACUACGAGGAGGUGGGCAGGGACUCCGGAGAGGAGAACGGCUACGAUGAUGAGCAGGAGGAGUAUUAAAGAAGAGGGAAGGGGAGAAGUAUUAGAGAGAGAAGACAGGAGGGAUAUUAGAGGAAAGAAGUGGAGAGGAGUAUGGACAGGGGAAGUAUUAUAUAAGAAGGAAGGACUAUUAUUAGAUGAGAGAAAAAGAGGCGUACUGAACGAGAAGGCGUAAAUUCAGUUGUGUCAGGGGGAGUAUUAGAGAAGAGGAUUCAUAGAAAAAAG